CUUUCGACAGGGGUCAGUAUCUUCACGCUCCUCUAAAAGCAACGCGACACUUUGGUCACGUGGUCUGACCGAGUAGGACAGCCAUCUUCCCUAAAACACAAACAACAAGAGCGUACUAGACAUCAACACGCACCGACCAUUGGAGAGGGAGAGAGAGCAAACCAACAGUAAACACGGAGCACGAUUCUCGAGGAGGAGCACGGAACACAAACAACUGCACAUGAAUCCAUAGUGAAAAUCGUCGAGUUUGACGGGGUGACUUGGACAGUAAAAUCGCAUCGACAGCUCCAGAAAGACGAUAAAGGAGGGAGAGGGAUUGUCGGCGUGAGGACGGGGACACCAGCUGGGACCUGGUCCAUACAGCAUUGCCAGUACAACAAAAAAAGUUUUAAAAUCACACACGAAUAGAGAUAGAAAGAAGCUUAUUGGGUUCAUAUCUGCUUCUGGCAGCGGUAUUAUCAACAAGUUAGACUCUUUUUAUUUUUUUUGUCUGUUGGUCUAUUUUGUUUGUUUCUUGUAGUCGAUCGACUUUAGACAUCAGUAUCAAAGCUCUGCAGCUUGCAGUCCAACAGGUAUUACUCAUUUUAGGCGGGCUUGAUUAUUAUUAUUAUUAUUUUUUUGGUUUUAUUUUCAUUGGCUGUGAACAAGAGAGCUCUUACAGUGUCUGAACUUUUGUGUUUCUGCUCUCCUGCACACACACCCUGAAUAAGGCAGCUAUAACCCUAGUCUCUCUUAAGUUGGCUACUUUGAAACACACACACACACAACUUUUCAGCCCUCUCACUCAGACCUGGUCCAGCCUAGUCUUGCCUGCGCCACUCCCCUGGACAGGACUUUCACCUCUGAGAAGGAAGGAAGAAUAUGACUGCUGAAACACUUAACUUUGGCCCAGAAUGGCUCCGUGCACUUUCCAGUGGAGGCAAUGUGUCUUCCCCUCCUGCCUCUCCUGCUAUGCCAAAGUACAAGUUGGCCGAAUACCGCUAUGGGCGAGAGGAGAUGCUAGCACUUUAUGUCAAGGACAACAAGGUCCCUGAAGAAAUGCAGGGUAAAGAGUUUGCUGCUAUUCUGCAGGAUGAGCCUCAACAGCCACUGGCACUGUUGGCUCUCACUGAAGAGGAGCAGAGGAACUUCUCCAUGUCUGUCAACAGUGUGGCUGUGCUGAGGCUUAUGGGUAAGGGGGGUGGGGCCGUCCCAGCCGGGGUGAACCGAGGUAGAGGCAGCGUGAGAGGCGGUCGAGGUCGAGGAAGAGGAGGAGAGAUCGGAUUCUACCAAAGAAGCAGUGAGGAAGUAGAGGGCGGUUUUGGUCGUAGCGUUCGAGAGAUGCAUCGCAGUCAGAGCUGGGAUGACAGAGGUGAAAGACGUUUUGAGAAACCUCUGCGGAGAGAAGCUGUGCGCCUGGGUUUCGAGGAGGGGGUUCCAGGUGGCAGAAAGGAGUUCAUGCGCUCUGAUAGUGACAACUGGCGCAUACUGAGAGAGGAACAGGAGGAGGAGGACGCAGGAGAGACUGGUGUCAGCUGGAGACUCACCGGUUCACGAAGAGAUGAUGGUGGUCCUCGCUCAGCUGGUUGGCGGGAGCAUUCUGGUCCAGGUGAAGUUCGCCGCAGGAAGUUUGACUUCGACUUCCGGGAUGGAGGGAGUGAGGGAGGCAGAAGGAGAGCAGGCAGCGAGGGAGCAGAGGAUGAGAGAGAUGGUCUGCCAGAGUGGUGCACAGAUGAGGAAGAUGGAGAAAUGGGAACCUUUGAUUCUUCUGGAGCGUUUAUGUCUAUUAAGAAGGACCCGAAAGACCCCAUUCCAGAAGAGGAGUUUGAGUUCCAGGGGUUGGAGGAUGAGGAGGAGGACAGUGCUUAUCAAGAGAAGAAAAAUGACUCUGGAGCUGAAAAAAGCGAGAAGGAUGUCACUGAUUCUGCUCCAGUGUCUGAAACUGAAGUGAAACCUGGUUCUCCUUCCCCUCCUCCUCCUUCUCCUCCUCCUCUCCCUCCAACUCUUCCUCCUCCUGUCACUGAGGCUGUGCCCUCUGCUGCCCCCUCUGGCCUGGAGAAAUUUCAGCCUGCCCCCUCCAUUCCCAACAAACUACCAAGUGAAGUGUUAUUAGAGGCCAUGUUAGAUUUGAGCCCCAGUGCCUCCUCCAGUCUGCCUUCAUCGCCUCCCUCUUUGUCCUCUGCUGCUACUGAUCUCCCACCACCGAGGGGGGAUAUUGAGGACGAUGAGGGCAUGAAGCACCUGCAACAGGAGGCAGAGAAGAUGGUGGCAGCGCUCCAGGACACAUCUCUAGAGGAAGAGUGUUUCACCCAGACUCUCCAGGAGGGCAGAAACACAGCCUCUGCUCUUCCUCUCUCCCAUGACUCUGCUAUGAAAUGGUUUUACAAAGACCCACAAGGAGAGAUUCAGGGUCCUUUCAGUACAGUGGAGAUGUGUGAAUGGUUUCAGGCGGGGUAUUUCGCCAUGAACCUGCUUGUUAAACGUGGUUGUGAUGAGGGAUUUCAGCCACUUGGGGAUGUCAUUAAGAUGUGGGGGCGUGUGCCUUUCGCCCCUGGACCCUCCCCUCCGCCCCUCUUGGUGAGGAAUCAAGCCCACCCUCGCCCUAACCCACCCCGGGGGGCAAUCGGUAAUCUGGAUCAGGAGCGGCUGAAGAAACAGCAGGAAUUAGCUGCUGCCAAGGCUCUUUACCAGCAACUCCAGCAACAGCAGCUGUUCCAGCUCAUCAACAGGUGUGGAGAGCAGGGUAUGAUGCCUUCGUUAAACAGGUCGAUGUCAGUGCCAGAUACAGGGUCCAUGUGGGACAUGCAUACCUCAGCCUCACAGCCAGCAGGCGGUGAGGCCAGUCUAUGGGACUUAAUGAAUUCUUCAACUCAGGGUCCAAUUCUAGAACAGCUUCAGAAGCUACAUGAGAGGAGAGAAGCUGAACUCAGGGCCAAGCGUGAGGAUGAGGAGAGAAAACGGAGGGAUGAGAAAAGGCGAGAAGAGCAGAAAAGGAGAGAGGAGGAGGAGAUUUACAGGAGGAAACAGCAACAGGAUUUGCUGGUGAAGUUGCUCCAGCAGACUCAGCGUCAGGGUUCCUCAGGCUCUGGGUCGAGCUGGAGCGGAGGACCCAUCCCUGGGCUGGGAAAGCAGACCAAGCCCCACAACCUCCUGGAGAUCCAGCAGGAGGCUGAAAGAAUUCACAAACAACAGCACAGAGUCCAGCAGCAGAGGUGGGGUGAUGCCUCUUCGUUGUGGGGAGCAGCUGGAUCUUUGGAUGGAAAGGUGGGUGGAGGUGGCAGCCCUUCUGGAGGAGGGAUGGGAGUCUGGGACGAGGCCCUCAAGAACCAGAGCGCACUUCGCAGCAACAUAGGGCUGAAGAACAGCCGGAGCAGUCCCUCACUGAGUGAGCAGUACAUGAUGAGAGGCCGUAAACAUACUGAGGAAGAGGAGCGGCUGUUGAAACUCCUGCAGGGGGUGAAGUCUCAGGACGGCUUCACCACCUGGUGUGAACAGAUGCUGCAUGCGCUCAACACCUCCGCCAGUAACUGCUCCUCUUCCCAGGAUGUGCCUACUAUUGUGGCGUACCUGAAGGAGGUGGAGUCCCCGUAUGAAGUGUUGAACUUUAUCUGCUCCUACCUGGGUGACACUGUCGAAGCCAAAGAGUUCGCCAGACAGUUCCUGGAGCGCCGUGCCAAACAGAAAGCUAACCACCAGAGACAGCAGCAGCAGCUCUCCAAAGAGAUGGCUGGACUUAGCAUGAACAACUUCUCUCUGCAGGAAACUGUUCGAGGAAUGAACCCCAGUGCCCUGUUCCAGGCAAUGCAUUCUGGGAAGGGGGGUGUGGUCUAUGAACAGGCAGCAAAGCUAAAGAAGAAACAGCCCACGAUGCUGCACUCUGACCCAAGCAUCUUAGGGUACUCAUUCCAUGGUGGCCCUGAUCGGUAUGGUCUAAACGAGAUGGAGAUGGUGGAGGAUUACUGAAUACACAGCAAUAGCUACACGAGGCCUUUAAACCCGCGGGUCCACCUAAUCAGACUCCGCAAGUCGAAUGUGCACUGCUUUGAGGGAGAGGGCUUUGGGGAUAAGCCAGGAGUAAGGUAUCGGUUUAGGGGUGGGUGGGUUUUGCGCUGGGAAUAGAAGAAUGUAAUUCAACAGGGAGGGGAACAGGUGUGACUUUAUUUUUGUGUGUGUGUGUUUUAAGGGGAAGGGGGGUGAAAAAGUUCUGGCACUUACAGCAUUAAGCACCUUACACUCAGACUAAUGCACUUUAUUAAGAUAGGUUUUUUUCUUUUCCUUUUUUCUAUUUUGAGAAGAUUUACUUGUAUAUUUAUGUGGUAUGCUUCAGAAAUAUUACCACAUAUAUAUACUGUGUGUGUGUGUUUGUGUGUUGAAUCAGAACUGGAGUUUGUGCUGGGAGGAAAUGGUGGCGAUUGGGGGACCAUUGUGUGUUUUAGUUCAGAUAUUAUCAGAAAACAAAUCCUCUCUUUAAAGACGAACACUGUUGUUUUUUUAUAUGCAUAUA